AUGGCCAACGCACAACCGCACAACAUCAUCUCCAUGGCGCCACCAAGCAUGCCGCCACCAUACUGGCUGGCGAUGGGCCAACCGACCCCUCUACCGAGGGGAAGAGGCAGUGGACAGUCCACGCCUUACCGAACGAGCCGCUUCUCAGAGAUGUCACUCGACACGACGGACUGCCGCGCCGACUGUAGUUCCGCCUCGACCAGCUCUGCGGCGGGGAAUGCGUCGCGCUUCGACAGCGUGACAGCGCCUCGGCGAGUGGCCAGACGGCCGUAUUCGCGAGGUGCGAAUGCCCCCGAGGUCGUACAUCCGGCCUUGAGAGCUGGUGUAGAGAUCGCGGAGGAUGAGGCGAUCUCGCCACGCACCGUUGCGCCUGAUCUCCAAGAGCAGAACACGCGCGCCGCCUCUACAGCGGGUGCUGAUAUGUUCCGCUUCGGCGCUGGCGAGGAGAACGCCCAGCCCGCUUCAGGCCGCCGAUGGUACAACUUCGGCUUCGGCAGGUCGGAGGGCGCUCAGCGUUCUCCGGCAGCGCAACCACUCCGGCGCAAGGGCACGCUCGGAGAUUUGCGCCAGUCCGUCGUCGAUGCGGGGAGAAACUUGGUUGCUGGCGUGCAACGAUCACGUCCCGACUCCGGCGACAGUCAGGCGGAUGGUCGGAUGGCUGUCUCCAAGACGGUCAGGGUGGAAAUUGAGCAGCGGCGGGAAGUGCAUUGCACGGGAUGUCAGUGUCACUCGGCAGGUGGAGCGGUGCAGCAGCCUGCCACGGUCAGAGGCUACGGCGACUCCUCUGACAGUCUGGACGCAGCGACGAUGUACUCGGCUGCUGGUGAACAUCCGGUACGUGAUGGUGUCGUUGCGCCAGUCGAACUGCCGCUGAGAGUGUGCAACCCUCUCGAGUCGAUAGGGCUGUCUGACGAGGAAGCUCGUGAUGUUCGCAGGUCGAUUGUUGCUGCUGAGAGUGACGAGUGGCCGGAGUCGAUGGAUGUGGACUGA